AUGAAACGGCCUGCUGCCCAAAAGGGCGAGAGCCCAAAACGCCCCCGCCAUGGACACGAAUGCGGGGACACUGGCCCGUCCCGGUAUGCCAUCACCUUCGGAGAGGUGGCGUUGUUGCACGUCGGCGGAAAGGAGCUAGGCACCCUUCGCGAGAAGGGUUUCUCCGUGGCCGAGUUGCGGGAGCUGGCCUCCAGUCUGAGCGGUUUCAGGGUGGAGCUGGUCAUGCUGAGCGAUGCACUGCCAGAGAAGCACAGGAAGGAGAACGAGGCAGCCACUCUGGUCAUCCGAAACGGCGCAGCUGCGUUCCUGGGCGGCGAUGCGGCACAGAAGCUUCUCGGUGAACAGCAAGCCCUGAAGUACGACUUUAAGUACUGGGAUGCCCGGCGCUCGCGCACGCUGAACAAGCGAGCUCGCUACAACCUGGUGUUUGCGGAGGAAGGGGCGCAGCCCUCGGCCGACUUCAAGCAGUACACUGUGCAGGCAUUUGGUGGCUUGCCUCACCUGGCUGCAUUCCGCGCCAUGCUGCCACAGAAGCUUGGGGAGAAAGCCCGUGACCUGUGCGCGGAGGGCAACCAUUACUUCGAUGAAUCUACCGGGAUUGGCUUCCACGGGGACAGCGAGAGGAAGAUCGUGGUGUGUUUGAGCCUAGGGCGCAGCUCUAUCCUUCGAUACUGCUGGCGCAUGCCGGGCUCUUCUACCAAUGGCCCGCCCAUCGACAUCGAGAUCCACCACGGCGACGUCUACGUGAUGUCCGAGAAAGCCACGGGCUUUGAUUGGCGGAGCCGCUCCAAGGUGCGGGUGGUCCAUGCUGCAGGCUCCGAUAAGUACAUAGGGUGA